UUCUGGACAGGUUCGGGUAGUAUUAUCAUAAACCGUAUCAUCCUAUGAUCCCGCCGUAACAUUUCGUCGGACCGAUUUAGGGAUACCUCGUUUAGGUGAAAACACCUGGUUUGCGGGCAACUGGCCGCUCUGUUUAAUGAACCAUAUAAAGUCUAACAAUCUUUGAACAAUUCUCAAACACAGUAUGCCUUUCGUCUCCGUCUCCGUCUCCGUCUGGAGGCCAUCUAUCUUCCCCAACAAGCCUCUCUUCUUUGAACUUGAUGGGAACUCAAGAAACGGUGGAUUAUGGAGAAAUCCUCAUAAAUUGGUGGUGAGGGCUGGCCCGAGGAAGAUAUCUUUUGGCAGAGAAUGUAGAGGAGCCUUGCAGGCUGGAAUUGAUAAGCUUGCUGACGUUGUUUCUCUCACCUUAGGACCUAAAGGGCGUAAUGUUAUUCUUUCUGAUUCUAAGACGUUAAAAGUAGUAAACGAUGGUGUCACAAUAGCUCGAGCCAUAGAGCUUUCUGAUGCGAUGGAAAAUGCUGGAGCUGUGCUAAUCCAAGAGGUUGCAAGUAAAAUGAAUGAUUUGGCUGGUGAUGGUACAACCACGGCAAUAAUUUUGGCUCGUGCAAUGAUCAAAAUUGGCUUGUUAGCAGUUGCUUUUGGGGCCAACCCUGUUUCUUUAAAGAAAGGAAUGGAUACAACUGUAAAAUACUUAGUUGAAAUCUUGAAGGAGCAAAGUGUUCAAAUAAGAGGAAGGGAUGAUAUAAAAGCGGUUGCUUCAAUAUCUGCUGGGAAUGAUGAAUAUGUUGGGAACUUAAUUGCUGAGAGUAUAGACAAGAUUGGCUAUGAUGGAGUAAUCUCCAUUGCAUCAUCUUCGUCCUCUGAAACCUAUGUCAUCAUAGAAGAAGGAAUUAAGAUUGACAAAGGUUACAUGUCACCUCAGUUCAUUUCAAACCAGGAAAAAUCUCUUGUAGAGUUUGAUAAUGCCAGAAUACUAGUAACUGAUCGAAGGAUUGCAACGGUCAAAGAAAUUGUCCCUUUGUUAGAAAAGACUAUGCAGCUAAGUGUGCCACUGUUAAUCUUUGCUGAGGAUAUCUCAAAGCAGGUAUUGGAAACACUAGUGGUGAACAAAAUGCAAGGUUUGUUGAGUGUUGCUGUUGUCAAAUGCCCCGGAUUUGGAGAAGGAAAAAAAGCUUUGUUGCAGGACAUUGCCCUUAUGACAGGUGCUGAUUUUCUUUCUGGAGAUUUUGGUCUGAGUCUCCUAGAUGCAACCUCUGAUCAACUUGGCGUUGCACAGAAAGUUACGAUUACGAGUAAUUCAACUACCAUAGUUGCUGACCCCUCAACUAAGGCAGAAAUUCAGGCAAGAAUUCUGCAGAUGAAGAAGGAUCUUUCAGAAACAGAUAAUGCAUAUCUGUCAAGGAAGCUCUCAGAAAGAAUUGCUAAGUUGUGUGGUGGUGUGGCUGUAAUUAAGGUAGGAGCACACACUGAAGCAGAACUUGAAGAUAGGAAACUCAGGAUUGAGGAUGCAAAGAAUGCAACAUAUGCUGCCAUGGCAGAAGGGAUUGUACCUGGUGGUGGGGCUACAUAUGUACACCUUUCAGAGCAGAUUUCGGCCCUACAGGAUUCUAUGGAUGAUAAAAACAUGCAAAUUGGUGCAGACAUUGUGGCAAAGGCACUUCUUGAACCUGCAAAAACAAUUGCAUAUAAUGCUGGGUUUGAUGGAGCAGUUGUGGUGGAAAAAAUUCGAACUUCUGAUUGGAGAAAGGGUUUCAAUGCAAUGACUGAUGAAUAUGAAGAUCUUUUGGAUGCUGGGGUGGUAGAUCCUUGCAGGGUUUUGCGGUGUGCACUUCAAAGUGCUGCCUCAAUUGCUGGUCUAAUUCUAACAACUCAAGCCAUAUUGGUGGAGAAAAUAAAGAAGCCCAAACCUGCUAUUCCUCAAGUUCCUGGAAUUACACCAUAAGGGGAGAAAAGAAAAACCUUAAGAGCCUAGAAAAGAACUGAAGAAGCUGUAUUUGCAUUGGCUUGAAACAAAGAAUGCCAGCUGAAGCCUGUGAAACUAGACUCGAGUUGAUUGUGAAAGAACCAUUUUAUGAAGGCAGGUUGAAAAUUCAUGGAAUUUGCUUGACAGCUUCUACUUCUCAUCAGGAGAACAAGAUCAUCAAAUGGCAUAUAGGGAGAAACAAUUUUGUUCAGAUAAUUCAACAAGUUUGUUACUACUGGCUAUGUAGUGUUGGUGGUAACUGAUUUCUUGGCAAUCCUUCCCUGCUUUACUCUGAAGCCUUGCUUUAUCACUUUGCCCAUCGGGUUCUAGCCAUUGCGGCGCCAACGAUUGGUCUGUUGAAAGUUUCUUACUAUGUGUUUAAAUUGGAGACCAUUGUUUGGCAUUGUAGUUGCUGAUGAGUUGAAACUUUGACUAAUGGGUAGAGAUUAUGUUGUUUCCUGUA